AUGCAGUAUAUAAACAUAUGGCUAAAUGAAAUUUGUCUUCAAGAAAAACUAAGAAGUAAUUCUUUGGAUUUAUCAAUUUAAAUCUAGAGUUUUAUAUAAAAAAUAAGUCUAUUGUUACUCAAAAAAUAAAUAGCAUCCAAAUCUUUCUUGAAGAAUAUCAACAUAAAAUUCAUAGUUUUAUUCCCUUGCUUACUUUUAAUGUUAUUUUGGAAUCAUAUUAUCACGCUUCAAAAAAGCAAAUAGUUAAGUUAAGUCAUAUUUUUUUUAAUAGUUCAUUAUAAUCCUUGGCUCUGUUAAAAGAUGAUUUCAUUAAAAUUGAUUCAAAAGGAUACAUAGACCUUAUUAAUAAAUAUGGAAUAAUCAAUUAGAUUUGAUUCCAUUGAAUCUUGA